AUGGCCCCAAAUCUUCGAAAAAACCACGAACUACUCAAAAUCAUCAACGACGCCCUAAUCGACCUACCCACACCAUCAAACAUCUCAUCAUGAUGAAACUUCGGGUCGAUUCUAGGAGUUUGCCUAAUUACCCAAAUUGUCACAGGCCUGCUGUUAGCCAUGCACUACACAGCAGACACCUCCCUGGCUUUCUCUUCAGUCGCCCACAUAUGCCGAGACGUACAAUUUGGCUGACUAAUCCGAAACCUCCAUGCAAAUGGAGCCUCCUUCUUCUUCAUCUGCAUCUACCUACACAUCGGCCGAGGAAUCUACUACGGCUCAUACCUAAACACAAAAACCUGAAACGUCGGAGUCAUCCUACUCCUGGCCCUCAUAGCAACUGCCUUCGUAGGAUAUGUACUGCCAUGAGGACAAAUAUCAUUCUGAGGAGCCACAGUAAUCACAAACCUAUUCUCAGCAAUCCCAUACAUCGGCCAAACCCUAGUAGAAUGAGCCUGAGGGGGAUUCUCAGUAGACAACCCAACCCUCACCCGAUUCUUUGCCCUCCACUUCCUCCUCCCUUUCGUCAUCGCAGGCCUAACCCUAGUACACCUCACAUUCCUACAUGAAACAGGAUCAAACAACCCAAUAGGAAUCCCAUCAGACUGUGACAAAAUCCCAUUCCACCCGUACUACACCACAAAAGACGCCCUAGGUUUCGCAUUAAUACUCGCUCUCCUAGCCUCUCUAGCCCUAUUUUCCCCAAACAUACUAGGAGACCCAGAAAAUUUCACGCCCGCCAACCCUCUAGUCACACCACCACACAUCAAACCUGAAUGAUACUUCCUAUUCGCCUACGCUAUCCUUCGAUCCAUCCCAAACAAACUAGGAGGAGUACUAGCCCUAGCCGCCUCAAUCCUAGUACUGUUCCUUCUACCACUCCUGCACACAUCCAAACUACGAUCAAUAACAUUCCGUCCCCUCUCACAAAUCCUAUUUUGAACCCUAGUUGCUAACGUCCUAGUUCUAACCUGAGUGGGAAGCCAACCAGUAGAACACCCAUUUAUUAUUAUUGGGCAGCUAGCUUCAAUCUCCUACUUUGUAAUUAUUCUAGUCCUAUUCCCACUCGCGGCCGCGCUAGAAAAUAAAAUACUAAAGCUCUAA